GGUUCCUUUACUCCCCUUGAGGACGGAAGUUCCGUAGCUGUCUAGGCGCUCGGCGACCAGCCUUUCCGGGGGUGCUUCAGAAGACCGGGACACCGGGACACCGGGACCAUGCGCUCCGUGGCCGGUCUCCUCGCAGUGGUCGCCGCCGCUACUUUUUAUCUCUACCUGCUGUCGUCGUUUCUGCCACCGGGACCGCAGCGCCUGGGAGCGGAGAUCGAGGACGGAGAGCGAGAGGAAGACGCCGGGGAGGCGAGAGAUCGCGGGUACGGAUACGGCCUGAAGUUCCCGUCGGACCUGGAGGAGCUGCGUGUGCAGGCAGCGCUGUUGCGUUUCUACCGAGCAGAGCAUGCGAGCUACGUGCUGCUGCUCUUCUGCAGCGCGUACCUCUACAAGCAGGCCUUCGCCAUUCCAGGCUCCUCCUUCCUGAACAUGCUGGCAGGGGCGCUGUUUGGGCCGUGGGAGGGCCUCUUCCUGGCCUGUGUCCUCACCACUGUGGGCUCCACGCUCUGCUACUUCCUGUCCCAGGCCUUCGGGAAACAGCACGUCAUUCGCCUCUUUCCUGACAAGGUGGCCUUGCUGCAGGAGAAGGUGGAGGAGAACCGCAGCAGCCUAUUCUUCUUCCUGCUGUUCCUGCGGCUCUUCCCCAUGACCCCCAACUGGUUCCUGAACAUGGCCUCCCCAGUGCUCAACGUUCCCGUCACCAUGUUCUUCUGUUCCGUCUUCAUUGGCCUCAUUCCAUACAACUUCAUCUGCGUGCGCACGGGUGCCGUGCUCUCCGAGAUCUCCUCCCUGGACGACAUCUUCACCUGGGCCAGGGCCCUGCAGCUGCUGGCCAUCGCCUGCGCAGCCCUCCUGCCCAGUGCCCUCCUCCGCCGCUGUGCCCACAGCCGCUUCCAACUGGACGGGCUGCAGAGCAAUGGCAUGAGACCUCACCACAAGAGCACUUGAACCGCAUUGCACACCCGCCACCGGCAACCAGGACAGGAAUGUACACACCACAUGCUUUUAUGAAGUCUGGGAGCAAGGCACUUCAUUAAGAGGACACACACACACACACACACACACACACACACACACACACACACACACACACACACACACACACACACACACACACACACACCAAAGAAAUUUAACACAUCCUGUACAGCUGUUGUGGAAUUGUGGGGUUUCUUUGCCUUUUUCAACACCUUGAUUGGUUUUUUCAGAGCGGAGGAGCUCUCACUGUUAAUUGCUGUUAUUAAGGUGUUAUUACUGGUGCCUGCGAGUUUGUGUGUGAUAGGGUCUGCACAUCUGCACGUCUCUGUGUCCCACCAGUGAGCGCCUCACUGCUUGAGUCCCGGAACAAAUCAGGGCGGCUGGCCGUCCCGUGGAGAGGAGCACAAUCAUCUAUGAGGCAGCAGUUAUACAAGACACGCUGUAGAAAAUCUCCGCUGUUCACAAGAACCCAUCAUAAUGAGCACCAGAUACACACCCUGACCUGAAGCGUAUGUGUGUGUGGGGGUUCAGUCAUCACGCUGCUGGAUUUUAACAGACCACUGUGUAGUGUCAUAUUUUGAUGUGAAGAGCACUAUAAUGCAAACUAUCACAUGUAUUUUUAAGAAACUUGGGUGUUUUUUUUUUUUUGUUAUAUAUAUCUUCCCCUCUUUGAAAUUUGACAUCAGAUAACAAAGCUCUGCAUCAGUGGUGCUGUUUUCACACCGUUUUUGAGGACAUAGAGAUCAGACACAGUUUCCUGUAAGGUUUGUGUCCAUCCUGGCUUUCUUAACCUGUCAGUUUACGUGAGCUUCACUUUGGCCGGCUCUACAAGGGUUCCUAGUGAUCUGAAUGAGUCUCUCAACCUUUGUAAAGGGACUUCUGGUCUGUGGGUGGUUUCUCCUGCUUUGUGGGAGGGGUUUCAUGUUUAUGGGUGGAGUUUCUCUUGCAUUGUGGGAGGGGCUUCUGUGGCUGUGUGGGUUGGGCAUGUUUAAUAUGGAAAACUAACAGAUAUUCUUUGAUACUCAACAAAGUGCCUUGAUAGAAUUAGAAACUUCCCUUGGGGUUGCCAUGGUGACCUGGGCAGCCUUCUCCCCAUAGCCAGGGCCCAGGCAUUGUGGUGUUAGUGAAAUAUGCCAUGUAAACUUGAGUAAGGAAUUUGAGGUAUGCAGACACCCCACAGGACACAGUUGUACCCUCCACAUCCCUGAUUACCAUGAAAGCAGUGAAGUGUAUUGAGGGAAACGUCUAGGAGCUGCGGAGUUUGUUUUGAAGAGGGAGAUCAAUUAAUCGAAUGGAUUAGCUGGUCAGAUCUGUGUGUGCCUUCAGAGCCUUGGAACACAACCUCGCAGGUUGACAGCAGGCGUUUUCAAAGGUCUGUCUACGAUCGUGCCGUCGUUCUAGAAAGACCUCACAGUAACUUGAUAUGAUAUUACCUGCCUACAGGUUACAGAUAGUAUCGCCUUCACGGCCCUGCAGCACAGCGUGAACCCAGUAGUGUGGAAAGCAGUAAGUCCUGCUGUGAGACAGUGAUGUGUAACGCAAGCAGAGUGGGGCCCAAGCAUCCUCAGAGUUGCGAGAGGUAUAUGUUUCUUGAAGUUUACAGAAUGUCCUGCUACUGAUUUGGCCAUAUUUACCUUUAUUUCACACAUCAAGUCGUGUGUUCAGGACACUGCUGUAGAGUUAUAAUAAAGAACAUGCAGCUGAGGGGGAACAUUAUGUUUUAUAGUAUUAUGUUCUAUAUAGAUAAUGUUCUCAUUUUAACAUACAGCUCAUCCAUAAAGUGCUUUCCUGCGGCUGAGCUUUAGGUUACGUUAGCUCCUGAGCUCACCUUGUGCCAAAUGUGUAGGCGUGACCUGUAACCUUGAGAGCAGCCUGAAACGUACAACCUGCUGAGGCCCAUCGGACAGUUCAACCGGUGGUUAUGCGUGCCGUUUCCUGUUUUUGCAGGGUGAUGAACCACUGAGGGGCUUUGGGGUCACCUUGCCGGGGACUCGUUGCAGCUCCAAGUUUGCAAGUUAACUAUUAAGUUGGCAGCAUCAUGGACUCCCGUGUAUGUCCACAAAAGUACUUUGGUACCCUUUUCCCUGGAGAAAGGCUCAACCCCCAAUCCUAGUGGAUGUACUAAUUUCAUUACAAGGUUCUCCACAGGUGGCUCUGCAACUGUAGCUGCAGGAGUCUGCCAUGAACCUCCAGGUUAUCAGGCCAUUACUAAUCCAGCCAGUCUUGUUUUUCUCAGUGUUCUUAGGUAAAUGUCUUUCUGCUUUACAGUAUAAAGUACACCACGGACAGCAAGCGCAGUCUCCCUGUGUGGAGGCGCCCCUUUCUGUCCCGAGGGGCUCUUGCUAACGUUGUGUCUCUGCUGCUGCCCUUUUCCCGUCACACAUCACUCGGCUGUCCUUCUCUGUGGACCAGAGCAUCCUUUUCUGCUUUCUGUUGUGCUGCGCUUUUUUUAAAUAUUAAAAACGGGCGUAUUCAAGCACAGUCUUCCCGGUGGUGUAUCCCCGUGGAGUCCUGCUGUCCCUGAAGAUGACUGCAUGUGAAACUAUUGUCACCUGUCAAUAAGUGGACCUGUUUUAUAAUUAUUAUAUAAAAUGAGUACUUAUCACCAAAAUGUGCCCAGUGUGGUAAUUUGGAUUUGUAACCGCUGUGUUUUUAAGGAAGAGGAAUAACAUCAACUA